AUGGAUUUGAGAUUUGCAGCCGAAGAGGGCGACUGGGGCGACGAUGAUGAGGUGGAUGUCAUCAUUCACAAAGAGGUGAAGGAUGUCGAGGUGAUCAAAGAGAUCCCCGCGAAGCCGGUGAACGCGGCGCCGCCCACUCCGCCCGGUUCGCGCGCGAGGGCCUCGCGGCCGGCCUCGAAGAUCCACAAUGAUCCUGAGACCAGGUACUUUGUCAUGAAGAGUAGCAGCCACAAGAACAUCGUUUUGUCCGUUGAGCACCAAGUCUGGGCCACGCCACGCAACAACCAGGAGAAACUCAACGAAGCUUUCCAAAGUGCGUCUCAUGUGAUCUUAGUCUUCUCUGUGACGGGUAGCGGCUGCUUCCAGGGCUACGCCAAGAUGCUGUCAGAAGUUGGCAGCCGAUCCACUGAUGUCUUCCAGGGCUUCGGCCGGGCCUUUGACGUCCGCUGGCUUCGUUUAGAUGACUUGGACUUCUCGGCGGUCUCGACACUGCGCAAUGCCUGGAACGAGAACAAGUCGGUGAAGGUCUCGCGUGACGGGCAGGAGUUGCCCAAUGAUGUGGGAAGACAGCUGUGUGAGCUAGUGGAUGCCCAAGUGUACGAGCAAAACCCGGAGGGGUACAUCGACGACAGCAAGGAGACCAGCAACCCCAAGCGCCGCCCGCCGCGUGCCUCGCCGCAUGCUGCGCCGCAUGCCGCGCCGCAUGCUGCGCCGCAUGCCGCGCCGCAUCCGCUGGCCUCCGUCACGUAUCCCGCAGUAGCACAUGCGCCUGUGCUGCCGCAUCCCAUCUACUGGGCUCCACCACCAGUCGGCUCAGCGCACGGUCCACCAAUGGGUAGUCCAGGCCUCAUGCAUGUACCGCCGCAUGGGAUACCACAUCAUGUGCCUCCGCAUGGCCUUCCACCUGUCUACGACUACGAGCCUGCUUUGUGGGGAACCCGGCGCUCGCGCUCGCGCUCGCACCGUCGCGUGGGGAGGGUGUCCACCACGGUUCUGGACCGCCCGGAACGCUCCUCAGCGCCUCCCCGUGAGUGGUGGGGCAACGCCCCUGCUGUCCGUACGGUCGAAACAGGCCCCUCGACGUGGCUGGGAGCCUCGCCGCGAUGA